AUGGCACAAUGCUUUAGAUUUUACCGCGAAAAACAUCCGUCUGAUGACGAAGAAAUGCAGCCUGUCCAAUCACAGUAAACGCAUCUUUCCCACGUGACACUUUAUAAACAUUGGGGGAAGAGAGCACGAUGUCAGUGAACAGCUGUGUUACGUCUAUCCAGCUUGAUUCCCUCAAGCAAGCUGAUAAACCACAGAUCCACUUGUUACCUUGUGAAAUAGAGCAUGAUGGACCUGCUGAAGUCUUCAAGUUCUUUAAUCCCACUGUGAAGGAACGCAAACACGAAACAACAGUGUCAUUCAGAGGUCGAGGGCUGAAGGGUCAAGAAUUGCAUUGUCCACAAGGAUACACAGGACUAGUGCUGAAAGAGGUCCAAAAGCCUGCGUCCGAUCAAGAGGACAGAAUAGUUAAAGUUUCUUCAGUGUUCCAUAAUUUCACAUACUGGAACUUGGAGACACCUCCCACAUCUGAUGAUGGAGUUGUGAUGGCUAUGGCAUGGCCUCAGCUCGCAGAAGCGAUGCACAGACCAGUAGAUGAAUGAUAAUGGACUUUUUUUUUAUUGUGGAUACCUGCUUCUUCUCAAGUACAUUGUUACAGUUAAACAAAUGUGAAAAUUAUUCUUUGCUGGAAGUCAGAACAACUAACUCGCUGG